CAACUCAGCUUUUAAGCUAAUUGAGAAAGCAGAAAGCAUGGAAGGCAUCAGCAAUGGGGUCCAAUGGAUCAGCAACCAUUCGGAUCAAGGGAUGGAGAAUCGCAACCCCAAAAUAAGAGCAGUGAAUCUGGGUGGCUGGCUGGUCACAGAAGGAUGGAUCAAGCCUUCCUUCUUUGAUGCAAUUCCCAACAAGGACAUGUUGGAUGGGACUGGACUUCAGUUCAAAUCAAUGACGGUCAAGAAGUUUAUCUGCCCGGAGUCCGGCGGAGGAAGCAGGGUAGUUGCCAACAGCAUGGGGACCGGUCAAGUUGCCAAACGCCCAGCAGGUUCUGAUUCCUGUUGGGAGACAUUCAGGCUGUGGAGAAUCAAAGAGAGGCUCUUCAACUUCAGGGUCGCCAACAAGCAAUUUGUCGGCCUGGACUCUGGUGGGGAAGGGGUCGAUCUAGUGGCUACUUGUCACGCACCAGGAGCAUCAGAAACCUUUGAGAUUGUGAGAAAGCCGGACGAUCCAAGCCGCGUUAGAAUCAAAGCUUCCAAUGGCUUCUUCUUACGGGUGAGGACGGAGGAACGAGUGACAGCUAAUUAUCAAUGUGACGAGAGUAAUAUGUGGGGAGAUGAAGACCCAUCUGUGUUUAUCAUGAGCUUCACUCAAAGAUUGGAAGGCGAGUUCCAAGUCACCAAUGGCUAUGGACCACAGAAAGCCCCCAAAGUCAUGAGGGCAGCUUGGAUUGAUUUUAUGCUAGAUACUAACAUGCAAGGGAAUGAUCAUGCGGGUGAAUGGAUGGCUGAGUGGCAAGUGAGUGGAGCUACGAAAGAAGACUACCAGAGAUUCGCAAAGGCGCAGCUUGUGGCGUAUUGA